CGGCCGCGCGCCGCCAUGCUGCGCCGGGCGCUGCACGCCGGCCUGAGCGGCGGCUUCCGCGCGCUGGGCCGCUUCGUGGCCGGCCAGCCGGUGUUGUUCGCCUCGGUGCCGGUGCUGCUCGCCGUGCUGCUGGGCGCCAGCUUCAGCCGCUACCGCGUGGAGGAGGACGUGCAGAGCCUGCUGGCGCCCAAGCACAGCCUGGCCAAGAUCGAGGGCAACCUGGUGGACAGCCUCUUCCCCAUCAACCACUCCAAGCACGCCCUCUACUCGGACCUGCAGACGCCCGGACGUUACGGCCGCGUCAUCGUCACCGCCCGGCGGGGGAGCGUGCUGGAGCCGCCGCAUCUGGACACCGUGCUCAAGCUCCACAGGCUGAUCUACCAGAUGCAGGUGACGGUGCCCCCGAGCGGGCCCAACAGCUUCAACUACUCCUUCUCGCACUUGUGUCUCCCCGACGACAAGAACGCGUGCAUCGUGGACGACAUCAUCCGCGCCAUGGAGGACAUCCGCUCGGCCCGGGCCGCCAACCGCUCGGCGCCCGUCCUGCGUUACCCGAUCACGCGGCUGGCGGACGGGCGCCGGGCGUACGUCGGCCACCAGCUGGGCGGCGUGCAUAGCUGGGCCCCCGAGGCCGGGCCCCGGGGAGCGCGGGGGUCGCGGGGCGAGGGCGUGCGCUCGGCGCGGGCGCUCCAGCUGACCUACUACCUGCAGGCGCGCGGCGGCCUCAUGGAGGGCGUGGCCGACCAAUGGGAGAAGGCCUUCUGCGGGCGGCUGCGGGACUUCGCGGCGCUCCACCCUCAGCUGGGCUUCUACCCGGCCACGUCGUCGUCCCUCAGGACCGACUUCCAGCUGUCCUCGGUGCUGGCGCGUCGCCCCCUGCUGGCCGGCCUGGGGCUGUGCGGCGCGCUGGCCGUCCUGUGCUGCUCCAUGCGGGACUGCGUCCGCUCCAAGCCGUGGUUGGGCGCGCUGGCCUUGCUGUCCGUCACGCUGGCGGGGCUGACGGCGGCGGGCAUUCUCAACCUGAGCGGCUCCACCUACAAUUCCACCUACCUGGGCAUCCCUUUUGUCAUGCUGGGUCACGGCCUGUUCGGCGCCUUCGAGAUGCUGUCGUCCUGGCGUCGCACUCGCGAGGACCAGCACGUGAAGGAGCGCGUGGCGAGCGUCUUCGAGGACGUCAUGCUGCGCUUCUCGGGCUCCACGGCGCUCCACCUGUUGACUUUGGGCCUGGCCGCCUCGCCGCUCACCAACAUGGAGGCGGUGCGGCUGUUCUGCCGCGCCGCCGCCCUGGCGGUGGCCGUCAGCUACGCCUACGUGCUCUCCUUCUACAGCUCGUGCCUGGUCUUCACCGGCUACCUGGAGACGGGCUACCGGCACGGCUGCUUUUGCCGACGGGUGCCCAAACAGGAGCGGCUGGACUCCAAGCCGGCCUGGUACCGGUGCCUGAUGUACACCCGCUACCAGGACGAGGCGCAGACCGCCACGGGGACGCCGCACGCGCCCCGCCCGGCCGACCUGGCGCACGCUCGCACUUACGUGGCCGCCGAGCACCUGACGGGCGCCGCGGAUUCCCGCCCCCGGGACUCGCACCUCCUGCUGGGCUGCGUGAGGCGUUGCUACGGAGACUGGAUCACCAAUACCUACGUCAAGCCCUUCGUGGUCCUGCUCUACCUGGUCUACAUCUCCUUCGGGCUGAUGGGCUUCCUGCAGGUGGCCCAGGGCUCGGACCCCAGCGGCCUGGUCGCCAUGGAUACGGCCACGGUCUCGUACACCCGCGCCCAGCAGCGCUACUUCAGCUCCUACUCGCCGGUCAUCGGCUUCUACAUCUACGAGAGCGCCCCCUACUGGAACGCCUCGGUGCAGCGCGACCUGCUGGAGUACGCCAAAGGCUUCCAGCGCAUCAGCUGGCUCGAGGCCUACCUGGCCUACCUGUCGGAGCAAAACCGCUCCACCAGCUCGCCCCGGGACAACUUCACCCGCACUCUCCGCCAGGACUUCCUGCGCGAGCCUCAGUUCGCCCACUUCGCCGACGACAUCAUCUUCGCCGAGCGGGGCCCGGGCGAGGAGCCCGACGUGGCGGCGUCGCGCAUCUUCCUGGUGGCCAAGACCACGGAGAACAAGCGCGAGGAGAUGUCGGUGCUGCUGGACACGCUGCGCCGCUUGUCGCUCACCUCCCGCGUGCGCUUCCUCAUCUUCAACCCGUCCUUCGUGUACUUGGACCGCUACGCUGCCGCCGUCAGCUCGCCGCUGCGCCACUCGCUCCUGGCCGUCCUCUUCCUGUUGGGUCUGUCCUCCCUGGCCGUGGUGGAGCCCCUCGUCUCCGUCUGGCUGGGGCUCACCCUGCUCUCGGUGCAGUUCGGCGUCCUGGGCUUCAUGACCCUGUGGGGCGUGGAACUGGACUGCGUGUCGGUGCUGUGCCUGAUCCUGGCGUUGGGCCACGCCGCCGACUGCAGCGCGCCGCUCUUGUGCGGAUUUGCGGCCGGCCGGGGAGACAGCAGGACCCGCUGGGUGAGGGUGGCGCUGGAGCGGCACGGCGUCCCCUCGCUGCAGGCCUUCCUCUGCUACGGCGCCGCCUUGGCGCCCGUGGGCUCGGUGCGCUCCAACCUGACGCGCACCCUCUUCCGCUGCCUGGCGCUGACGGCCGGCUGCUCCGCCUUGCACGCGCUGGCCUUCCUCCCCACCCUGCUCACCUUCCUGCCCCCGUCCAAAAGCCGAGCCCGCCGACCCGACGGCGGGGACGCCCCCCGGCAGGAAGUCGAGUGCGUGGAGAUGAGCGACGGCACGCGAGUGGUCGACCAAAUCACCACGGUCUGACCGCGGGGGCUGGGGAGAGACAUUCGCCUCGAGAUCCAGCUCAAGAUCCAAGUACUAGUACAUCCUUAGUCCUCGAGUGAAACAAUCAAGCGUACUAGUAGGAUCUCGAUUACCUCUGUGAUGGUCAUCCACAGAGUGUGAGUCAAGGAAAGCAGUUUUGCUCAAGGCGUUUUAGGUGCGGCACGUCGGUGGGCGGCUUUUUCAGGUCCAGAACCGGAAGAGACGUGCGUUCAAGGCUAAAUUCUGGAUAGGGAGGAGCGCCCUUUUGAAAGCGGCGUCAAAGAAACCGUCUAUGUGGGUGGUACGCCGAACACAACAAAACUGGUGGCAUGCAGUCGCCCCACUAGGAUGCUCAAGUUGUCUUACUAUCGAGGAUAUGAAGUGUACUAGUACACGGACCAUGACCUGGAUCUCAAGAACGCGGAAUAAACGCUGAAAGUGUUUCCCGCGUCGGACUCUCCGACCGGCCGGUUGCCAUGGAGACUGCCGACUUGAGAGGUGAGCGCGGCGGCGGAGGGGGAAAAAAAAAAAAUGCUCGCCAAAUGCACAUUUUUAUCGCCGGGGAGCGAGAUGUGUCGUUUCCGUGGCAACGGGGCGAAAACCACCAAAGAGCCGAGCUCGGGCUUUCGGGGGCGGGGAGGAACGGACGCUGGCGAAUGUUGGCGCGGCACAGCGGGUGGACAAAAGUACUGGGACGCACCCCAUAAUAAUACUCAUUCGAGGCCGAACUCUCAAUUCAUUUUUCAAUCUUUUUUUUUUUCCAGUGCACGUCGACCUCACGAAUGGAGGCAAAAUUUCUUCCGUCGUUUUGGAAAGUUUUGCUGGACGCGAGUUUUCACUU